AUUUAAAUGGUUUAAUUGGCUUCUAAUAGAAGCUCGGUUGUAAAAGCCAUUGAUUCUACCUGGAGUAUUAUACGAACUCUAUAUUUUGCGAUUAUUCUCUUCCUAUUUACUCUCAUUGGUAUGAAGAAGGAAUCCAAUAAAUAUACAAAAGAAGAAUUGAAAUAUAUUAUUGAUGAAAGUAACAAAUGCAAUUAAUUAUUUAAUAGAGAUGCCAUUCAAGAGGAAACCAAAGGAUGAAGAUGAUGAUGAUAAUGGAAAAGAAGGAACUAAACCAAAGAUUUUCAGAGGUCUUGGAGGAGGAGCUGAUUGUAAGAGUUGAGGUUGAGCUACAAUUUACAAAAAACAAAGGAUUUUAUAGUAGCUAACACAAGUUACUAGUAUGACGAUUGUCUUAAGAACUCCAGAAUUAUUGGAAUUAAGAAAUCUGAACAAUAAAAGCCUUUGUUUU